AUGCGGAGCGCUCCGAGCCGGUGCGCGGUGGUCCGCGCCCUGGUCCUGGCCGGCCUCUGGCUGGCCGCAGCCGGGCGCCCCCUAGCCUUCUCGGAUGCUGGGCCGCACGUGCACUACGGCUGGGGCGAGUCGGUCCGCCUGCGGCACCUGUACACUGCGAGUCCCCACGGCGUCUCCAGCUGCUUCCUGCGCAUCCACUCAGACGGCCCCGUGGACUGCGCGCCGGGACAGAGCGCGCACAGUUUGAUGGAGAUCAGGGCAGUCGCGCUGAGUACCGUGGCGAUCAAGGGCGAGCGCAGCGGCCGUUACCUCUGCAUGGGCGCCGACGGCAAGAUGCAAGGGCAGACUCAGUACUCGGAUGAGGACUGUGCUUUCGAGGAGGAGAUCCGCCCUGAUGGCUACAACGUGUACUGGUCCAAGAAACACCAUCUGCCCGUCUCUCUGAGCAGCGCCAGGCAGAGGCAGCUGUACAAAGGCAGGGGCUUCCUGCCGCUGUCCCACUUUCUGCCCAUGCUGUCCACUCUCCCAGCCGAGCCGGAGGACCUCCAGGACCCCUUCAAGUCCGACCUGUUUUCUUUGCCCCUGGAAACGGACAGCAUGGACCCUUUCCGGAUCGCCGCCAAACUGGGAGCGGUGAAGAGUCCCAGCUUCUAUAAAUAACUGAGGCUCUGUCCUCCCAGCCCGCUCCUGGAGACCAGGACCCCAGGCCUGUGGCGCUUGCAGAGUGGGUUUGCUCCGAGUAACGAUCCCGAGUCCGUGUUCUAUUUAGCCUUAGGGAGAACCAUUUAGAACUUGUACAUAGGCAAUAUUUUACAUUGGCUGUGCCGGUUUCUAGCGGAUAGAUGUGUACGAUCAUAAAAUUGUCAGCCUUCCACUCCACCUACCCAGCUGCGA